AUGUCUUCUACAAACCUCCCAACCCCGACCAAUAAACGAGUUCUUUCUGAACGAUCUCCAAACGAACCAAGUCAAAGCACUAUUUCCAAGAAACAGAGACUAUUAUAUCUGCAAAUGCUACCCCCAGAUAGGAAAUUCGAAUCUAAAAUACCCGCACCAAAAUAUACCACCACUAUAACACAAUCGUCUGUACAAGAUCCACAGACUAGCACACCCACUAGGAAUAGCCCCAGCUUUCCUAAAGACUACCAACAAACAGUUCUAUCUAUAAAAGACCGGUUGGCCCGAAAAUCUUCACUUAAUGAUCCAUCUACGUUCCUCAAGCCAAAACCACCACAAACAAAACGACCAAGUGGUGGUGACAUCCAAGAAAAAUAUUACGCCCUAAAUGAAGAAUGCAAGAAUGUUCUGAGUGAAGUUGAUCAAUUGACGCGUGAAUUGGCCGAGAUUAAGCGUAAAAGUAAGUCAUUACAGUAUAAAGUUGACGACGCAACAGAUGAAGUUCAGCUUAUGCGUGAUAGAUUUCAAUUCACGGAAGAGUCUGUGGUAAAGAAAGUUGCUGAUGAGGAAAAGUUGAUGUUUCUAAAGUCCCAAGAGUCACAGAUGAAAUUGGAGAACCAUUAUAAAGAACUCGAAUUUGAAAUGAAGAAUCAAUUGGAAGAAGCCAAGAGUUUCGAUAAUCAAUUCUUAUUAGAUAAGAUUGAAGAGUUGAAAACCACCGAACAGAACUUAGCAGAAGAGAUUGAAAAGUUGAAAUCAGAGAAGGAACAACUUUUAAUGCUGGAACAGCACUCUAUGGAACAAGAAUUACAAAAAAGGCUUAGUUUGGUAAAGCAAGACCAAGAAAAAUCGUCUGAUGAAUUGCAAGUUGCGAAUGAAAAAAAGAAGUUGAUACAACUGAAAUUCACCAUUUCCAAGGAAUACUUAGAUCAACAACAAGCAAACUUACAAAAGUUGAAACUGGAGAUUGGCGAAGUGGAGGCAAGUAUGAGCAUAUUUUUAUCGGAAAAGGAAUCACUACUAUCGGAACUUUCAACAAUUGAAAGUAAUUUAGACGCAGCUAAAGAAAUAGACGAAAAAGAACAAUCUGAGUUUAAUUCCCUAGAGCAAAUACAUUCCAAAGCUCUUGCUAAGAUGUAUAAACAUGACACUCACCGUAGAAUCCUUGAGAACUCAAUCAUGGAUUAUGAAGGGAAAAUUCGAGUUUAUGUUGUGAGUAAUGAAGAAGAAACAAAGGAAAUUCAAUCUCGAGGCAAGCUUUAUGAAUUCAAUAAACAAUUUCCAAAGAACAUACCCGCCUCAGUCAUCGCUGAUGAGUUUUCAUGUCUUUUGAAAAGUAGUUUAAGAGGAUCAAACGUGUCAAUAAUUAAUACAGCUCAUAGCAUACCGACACUGGAGUUGGUGUUGUUGACUUAUAACCACAUUUCGGACCCAAGAUCUUCCACAAAGAAUCGACAAUUCACAAUACGAUACCAGUGUAUUUCCAUUCAAAACUUACAAGUGUUUGAUAAUCUUGAUUCCAAGAAAAACGUAUCAUCUCAAGGAAUCAUUCAACAAAUGCAAGCCAGUAAAAUACAAAUCGAAGAUAAGAAUCACAUCGAGAGUAUAGUACAGACUAUACCCAAACAAGUGGAACAAGAACUCGUGGUACAUUUAUUCUCGGUUGAAACUGGAUCGUCUGACAAACAAUAUGAAACCACAGUUAUGAUCGUGGAUUUAGGAAACAUACAACGACCAGAUCAAAUGGAAUUAUUACAAACAUUCAAAUUGACCACAAACAGUGACUCGCCCACAACCAAGAUAUUCUCAUUUGCCCGAUACAAUUCCAAAUGUUUAUUCCUAGGAAGCGCGGAUUCUGACUAUGAUUAUGAAUACUUGGAUGAAUUACAAUUAUUAAAUUCCAUGGAUUCUUUAUACAAACCAAAAAGUUGA